AUGGACUCCCUGCUCCAUUGCGGUAAUCAAGCCCUCCAUCCCGCACCGCAUCACGCUUUGCGAAGCCGCAAUUCAAGACAAGCAGCAUCACGAGCAUCCGCCGGAAACGGCGUUUCCCGCCUCGCCAGUAGCUUCGGAACUUGCGCAUUUGUCGGCAAGGUUCACGAGAUUAGGCAAGUUACGAGGAGGUCAAACGCUCGGCUAGGUUUUGACACGUGUCGAGCUGCCUCCUCGGAUGGCUCAGCUGCUUCAGCCGAAGACGAGUCACCACAGGUGCCUCGUCCAUCGCGGCGAGUCUCCGUUCCCGAUUCCGUUGAUGAGAGCGUUCAGCAGGCUCGAGCAGCAGUGAGGAGGGCGAGGGAAGCAGGCCAUCAACGCUUGAUGCUGGACCUGCUCUUGCCGCUCAUUGGCCCUUCGCUCCUGGACGACUGGCCUGGAGGCAUUCAGCAGCAGCUGCAGGCGGCCAUUCCUCUGGUGGAGUCGCUGCUGACAGGGCUGGUAGACGGUGGGGAGUUGUACACGAGGCGGGUGAUAGACGAGGACGAAGCAGUGGUGGCGUGGGAGAGCAAAACGGUUGCACUCGUGCUCUUCCCCACAGCCGAGCGCCUGCCAGCUGUGAUGGAGCUGGCCAAUAGUGAGCCUGGACGCGCGCUGCUGCUCAUGAAUCCUCAGUGGCAGCCAGGCCAGGUGGUAUCAGAUUUUGGUUUUGGAAGCAAGCGUAAACAGGCAGAAGAGUUUCUAGGCACCUUCCUUACUGCCUACAGUCUGAAACGCAACCGCAUUCGCUCGUAUGAUGUCACAAUUGUCAAGUGCUUUCCAGGCGAUUGGCAGGUUUACAUGUCUGAUGACAGUGGCAGUGGUUCUGAUAGCUCUUUCCCGACAUAUGAGAUGAUUGGGGCAGUGGAGAAUCCACCAAGUUAUCGUGACCUUGAAGCGAUGGUGCAAAAGAAGAGCAGCCUAGGGAGCGACUCAGGUGGAUGGUUUGGGCGCAUUGCCAAGGAGAUAGAGUUUUUGAAGCGUUCCAAGUGA